AUGCUUAAGGGCCCAGAGACUGUGGCUGAGGGAGUGUCCGGACAGCUAUCAGUCCUGGGGCUCCUCUCCCCGGGUGUAACCCCUCUCUACCUCGAGAUCAUCAUCAUCGAUGUGCCCCAGGAAGGAGACGCUGGCCCUUCAGGUGCUUCCCUUCUGCCCUCGGGAGCACUAGAGAGCAGCAGUCUGAGCAAAGAGAGCCGCCAAGAGAGAGUGACAACGGCCCCUCCGAAUCCAGCGCAGUCAGGGGAAGAUCUCAGCGAGCCAGGGCUGCAAGGGACAGCCCCCUCCGCCGCUCUGUCCACAGCGCUGCCCGAGGAGGCCGCCACCAAGCGCGUCCUCCCCUCCGGGAAGAGGCUGCCUUCUCUCAAGCAGGUGAACUCGGCCAGGAAGCAGCUGCGGCCCAAGGCCACCUCCGCGGCAGCGGUCCAGAGGGCUCUGUCCCAGCCGGCAUCCUCCGGCCCGGGGCUUCUCUCCUCCGCCACGGAGAAGCCCCGCCCACCGGGGGACCCCGAGCCCGCAGCCUCCGAGGAGCCACUGUGGCUGGACCGGAAGGCAGGUGCGGACCCCACGACGCCCGCGCCCCUGCAGAUCUCCCCCUUCACCUCGCGGCCCUACGUGGCCCACACGCUCCCCCAGAAGCCAGACCCUGGGGAGCCCUCCGUGCCUGAUGACCCCCACGAGGCUCCCCCCGAGGACGCUAGUCCCAUGACCUGGAUGGACAAAGGUGAGAGCGAACUGACCGGCUCAGCCUCCGAGGAGAGCCAGGAGACCACGACGUCCACCAUCAUCACCACCACGGUCAUCACGACUGAGCAGGCUCCAGCUCCCUGCAGUGUGAGCUUCUCCGAUCCUGAGAAAUUUUAUGACUCAAUGAUGUACACCCCAUGCACUGCCCUCAACCUUCCUGAGUGUACCUACAAUGUGAUGGUCUACACUGGCUACGGAGGGGAGAUAUCUGUGAAGAGUGUGAACCUGUCUGACGGGGAGCUGCUCUCCAUCCGCGGGGUGGACGGUCCCACCCUGACUGUCCUAGCCAACCAGACUCUCCUGGUAGAGGGGCAGGUCAUUCGAAGCCCCACCAACACCAUCUCUGUCUACUUCCGGACCUUCCAGGACGACGUCUUCGGGAACUUUCAACUGCACUACCAGGCCUUCAUGCUGAGCUGCAGUUUUCCUCGCCGGCCCGACUAUGGGGAUGUCACAGUGAUGGACCUGCAUUCGGGUGGGGUGGCCCACUUCCACUGCCACCUGGGUUACGAGCUCCAGGGGGCCAAGACGCUGACUUGCAUUAAUGCCUCCAAGCCCCACUGGAGCAGCCAGGAGCCCAUCUGUUCAGCCCCUUGCGGAGGGGCUGUGCACAACGCCACCAUUGGCCGCGUCCUCUCCCCAAGUUACCCUGGAAACGCCAACGGGAGCCAGCUCUGCGUGUGGACAAUCAAAGCUCCAGAGGGCCAGAAGCUGCAUCUGCAUUUUGAAAGACUGUCGUUGCAUGAGAAGGACAGGAUGAUGGUCUACAGUGGCUUGAUCAACAAGUCAGCUCUUCUCUAUGACUCCCUCCAAACCGAGAGCGUCCCCUUUGAGGGUCUGCUGAGUGAGGGCAACAGCAUCCGCAUUGAGUUCACGUCCGACCAGGCACGGGCAGCCUCGGCCUUCAACAUCCGGUUCGAGGCCUUUGAGAAAGGCCACUGUUAUGAGCCCUACAUUCAGAAUGGGAAUUUCACCACAUCCGACCCGACCUAUAACAUCGGCACCAUAGUGGAGUUCACCUGCGAUCCCGGCCACUCGCUGGAGCAGGGUCCGGCCAUUAUCGAGUGCAUCAAUGUGCGGGACCCGUACUGGAACGACACAGAGCCCCUAUGCAGAGCUACGUGUGGCGGGGAGCUCUCUGCCGCGGCCGGGGUGGUGCUGUCCCCGAACUGGCCAGAGCCGUACGUGGAAGGUGAAGAUUGUAUCUGGAAGAUUCACGUGGGGGAAGAGAAACGGAUCUUCUUAGAUAUCCAGUUCCUGAACCUGAGCAACAGCGACAUCCUGACUAUCUAUGACGGCGAUGAGGUCAUGCCUCACAUCUUGGGGCAGUACCUUGGGAACAGCGGCCCCCAGAAGCUGUACUCGUCCACGCCAGACCUAACCAUCCAGUUCCACUCAGACCCUGCCGGCCUCAUCUUUGGGAAGGGCCAGGGAUUCAUCAUGAACUACAUAGAGGUGUCAAGGAAUGACUCCUGCUCAGACUUGCCCGAGAUCCAGAACGGCUGGAAAACCACCUCUCACACGGAGCUCGUGAGAGGAGCCCGAAUCACCUACCAGUGUGACCCCGGCUAUGACAUCGUGGGGAGUGACACCCUCACCUGCCAGUGGGACCUCAGCUGGAGCAGCGACCCCCCAUUUUGCGAGAAAAUCAUGUACUGCACCGACCCCGGGGAAGUGGACCACUCAACCCGCUUAAUCUCGGAUCCCGUACUCCUGGUGGGCACCACCAUCCAAUACACCUGCAACCCGGGCUUUGUGCUGGAAGGGAGCUCUCUUCUGACCUGCUACAGCCGCGAGACCGGCACGCCCAUCUGGACCUCGCGCCUGCCCCACUGCGUUUCGGAGGAGUCGCUGGCAUGUGAUAACCCUGGCUUGCCUGAAAAUGGGUACCAAAUCCUGUACAAGAGGCUCUACCUGCCGGGAGAGUCCCUCACCUUCAUGUGCUACGAAGGCUUUGAGCUCAUGGGCGAAGUGACCAUUCGAUGCCUCCUGGGACAGCCAUCCCACUGGAACGGGCCACUGCCCGUGUGUAAAGUUAAUCAAGACAGCUUUGAACACGCAUUAGAAGUGGCAGAAGCGGCAGCAGAGACAUCGCUGGAAGGGGGAAACAUGGCGCUGGCAAUCUUCAUCCCUGUUCUCAUCAUCUCCUUACUGCUGGGAGGAGCCUACAUUUACAUCACCAGAUGCCGCUAUUACUCCAGCCUCCGCCUGCCCCUGAUGUACUCCCACCCCUACAGCCAGAUCACCGUGGAAACUGAGUUUGACAACCCCAUUUAUGAGACAGGGGAAACCAGGGAGUAUGAGGUGUCCAUUUAA